AUGCCGCAGGGCGAGACAUUCCAUCGAGCGGUCUCGAAAGUUCUAUUUAUUUCGCAAAUAUAUGGCCUGCUGCCGGUGAGCAAUGUGCGGGCUUUGGAUGUGUCCGAUAUCCGGUUUCGUUGGUUUUCCCCUCGCAUUUUCUACUCCUGCCUCAUUUUAAUCCUCAAUCUUUGUGAAUUUGGAACCGUGAUCAACUAUGUCAUCAAGGUGGCCAUUAACUUUCACACCUCCAGCACGCUUUCGCUGUAUAUUGUCUGCCUUUUGGAGCACCUCUUCUUCUGGAGAUUGGCCAUUCAAUGGCCCAGAAUUAUGCGCACCUGGCAUGGAUUGGAGCAGCUCUUCCUAAGGGUUCCUUAUAGAUUCUACGGGGAGUACAAGAUGAAAAAGCGCAUCUAUAUUGUAUUUGCCAUAGUCAUGUCAUCGGCUUUGGUGGAGCAUUGUCUCCUCCUGCUCAACUCAUUUCAUCUAAGCAAUAUGGAACGCACCCAAUGCAAAAUCAAUGUUACCUACUUGGAGAGCAUCUACAAAUGGGAGCGUCCCCAUCUUUACAUGAUCCUGCCCUAUCACAUUUGGCUACUGCCCAUUUUAGAGUGGGUUAACCAGACAAUUGCCUAUCCGCGCUCCUUCACCGAUUGCUUUAUCAUGUGCAUUGGCAUUGGUUUGGCUGCCAGAUUUCAUCAGCUCUAUCGCAGAAUUGCUGCUGUUCAUAGGAAAGUAAUGCCAGCGAUUUUUUGGACAGAAGUAAGGGAACAUUACCUGGCCUUAAAGCGACUUGUGCAUCUUUUGGAUGCAGCAAUAGCUCCACUGGUUCUCCUGGCCUUUGGCAAUAACAUGUCCUUUAUUUGCUUCCAGUUGUUCAACAGCUUCAAAAACAUAGGAGUUGACUUCCUGGUGAUGUUGGCCUUUUGGUACUCCCUAGGUUUUGCCGUGGUCCGCACUUUGCUAACUAUUUUUGUGGCAUCUUCUAUAAAUGAUUACGAACGAAAGAUUGUCACGGCUUUGCGGGAUGUGCCCUCCAGAGCUUGGUCCAUAGAGGUUCAGCGCUUUAGUGAGCAGUUGGGAAACGAUAUGACAGCUCUUUCUGGCAGCGGAUUCUUCUACCUCACCCGCUCACUUGUCCUGGCUAUGGGCACCACAAUUAUCACCUAUGAGCUCAUGAUAUCGGAUGUCAUUAACCAAGGUUCCAUCAGGCAAAAGACUCAAUACUGCAGGGAAUUUUAGAUCCCG